AUGGGCGUUCCACUGAAUUUUCGCUCCGGCGAAUCGCCAAUUUCCAUCAACAAUCUUACAACCGCUAUGAAUGCUGUUUUGGACAACAGUGUGCGAAGCUCGCACCCGAUGUUCAUGAAUCAGCUCUACGCAGGCGUUGACCCCAUCGCGCUCGCGGGCGAAUGGGCAUCAAGCGCGCUGAACUCAAACGUGCACACCUUUGAAGUAGCACCGAUUCUCACCGAAAUUGAGCGUUCAAUGCUCGCAAAGAUUGCGUCACUCUGGCUUGGAGAGAAUGCAGAUGGCUCGGCGCCUGAUCACGACGGCUUAUUUGUACCGGGAGGUUCCAUCGCUAAUCUGUACUCUAUGAUCUUGGCGCGCGAGCGCGCAUGCCCAGAAGCGAAGAAAACCGGAAUGCCGCAAGGCUACGUUGCCUUCUGCUCUGAACAAUCGCACUACUCCUACAAGAAGUGCGCCCACAUGAUAGGUUUAGGUAUGGAUAACAUGAUCAAGGUCGAUUGUGGCAAGAAUGGUGCCAUGCUUCCUGAAGCACUCGAAGCCGCGAUAGCGGCCGCGAAGGCUGCGGGCAAGACACCGUUUUACUGCGGCGCCACGGCGGGGAGCACUGUUUUGGGCGCGUAUGACCCGUUUGCUGCGUUGGCCGACGUGUGUGCCAAAGAUAACGUUUGGUUGCACGUCGAUGGGGCGUGGGGUGGCGCUGCGCUCGUCUCCAAGCAGCACAAACACUUGAUGAACGGCGUCGAGCGAGCAGACAGCUUUUGCUGGAACCCGCACAAGCUGUUGGGCAUUCCUCUCCAGUGCUCCAUCGUUCUGAGUAGACACGCUGGAGAAUUCAUGGCGGCCAAUUCUUACAAGGCGGACUACUUGUUCCAGCCCGACAAGAAUAACACCGAAGCUGAUUUGGGCGAUCGCACUAUCCAAUGCGGCCGCAAGUCUGACGCGCUCAAAUUGUGGCUCGCGUGGAAGUACCGCGGCGACGAAGGUUGGGAAAAACUCGUUGACCACGCCUUCUCUUUGGCCAAGUUCGUCGAAGCAGAAGUCGUGCAGGACACCACGGGUGCUUGGGCGCUGGCCACACCCGCGCAGUGCGCCAAUGUCGGAUUCUGGUACGUGCCGCCGCGCCUACGUCCGUUCAACAAGGACACCGCGACGCCCGAACAAUUCGCGGAAAUUGCCAAGGUUGCCCCGAAGCUCAAGGAUCGGAUGCAACGCGCCGGUGACGCUAUGAUCGGUUUCCAACCCGUUCCGGCGCUCAACCUGCCCAACUUUUUCCGUCUCGUAUUGCCGAAUCCUCGUCACAACAGCGAGACCAAGCUUCGCGAGCUCAUGAAGCGCAUGGACGCGAUGGGCGCCGACCUCUGA